AUGGCCCACUUAAGGCCUGCCAAAAUAGCCAGCUUUCGGCGGAAUGACAGCAUGUAUCCCGUAUUUUCACGAUUUCGCUUUCCUCUUCUCACGAAUCUCCACCUCGUCCUUGCUCCCCAUUCCUCUCUUCGCCUAUACCACUCAUUUCUUUGCCUGACUCUUGCUUCUUUCCCAUUACUCUCACUAAACCAUCCAAUCAGCCUACCUUUAAAGAUCUUAUUGCGCAGUUGCCAUAGCGCUGACUGCAUCUCUGACAAGAACGCACUUCGUUCUAGUCGACAACAUUUCCCCCUCACUCAAGUUCUGUCCUGCUCCGGUAAUGCCACCAGUAGGAGCGAGAGUAAAGUUGAGCACUCCAUAUCUUUCGCCGCCAUCUCAGUUAAACGAGCCAUGGGACACCAUUAA